GAGUCAUAAGGAUAGAAAGAUGAAUGCACAAAACCUAGAAGAUGUAUAACCAAUGCGGGAGAGUAAUGGAUGACGCAAAGUGAUGACAAAGAGGAAUUGAAGAUGAGACAAUUGGAGCAGAAAUCCUUCACCCGCGCCAAGCAUGUAAGAAAGAGCGUUUCCUUCAACGCAUCUUAAGAAGGAUGCUGUUAAAGGUGCUGUGAACGACCCUUUGUGCCCUGCGCUGUGGCAUGGCAUGAUCGUGCGUGUUGAAUGAUGAGAUAGCGGAAAAGUGAUGAAAUACAACAAUGCUGUUCAUGCCAUAGGUAAGAGGUGAAAGAGAUAAUGUCGUUGCGCUGGAGACCAGUGAAGUCAUCGCCAGACUGGAGCUUGAUAAAAUUCAGCCAGAUGCUGAGUCGGUGGCAUACCCUGUCCAAACACACUGAUGGAUUGUUGUUGACUGGCGUGAUUUGUAGUGUGCCCAGUCCUGCAGCGCCCGUAUGCGCAUGCUAUCCCAUCAAUGGACCUGAUGGAUCGUUUUCAAGGAUCCAAAAGGCAAGGAAGUCGAGUCGUCGGUGUGUUGUGCUCGACGCUCGUUUGUGAAGUUGGACUUGAGUAUUUUGAUGGAACUAGCCACUGUGGGCACUCUUCGACUCUCAGCCAGCUACAGACUACAGCACAACUCAUGGUCAUCGCACAUG